GACCCAGCCAAGAUCCACCACCACCACCGCACCACCAACCAACAAUGGCGUCCUCCAAGAUCCAUGUCCUCCUCCUCGCCGUCCUCCUCCUCAUCGCCAUUGCCUUCCCCAUGGAGGUGGCCGGACACGGGCGCGGCGGCGGUGGCGGCGGGGUGGCCGGAGGGGGCAACCUGAAGCCGUGGGAGUGCUCGUCCAAGUGCGCGGGGCGGUGCUCCAACACGCAGUACAAGAAGGCGUGCCUGACGUUCUGCAACAAGUGCUGCGCCGCGUGCCUCUGCGUGCCCCCCGGCACCUACGGCAACAAGGGCGCCUGCCCCUGCUACAACAACUGGAAGACCAAGGAAGGAGGCCCCAAGUGCCCCUAGGCUCCCCAUUUUUUUUUUUGUGUCACUGCCUCACUCACUGACACUCACUAUUCAGCUCAUCGUCAUCAUCAUCAUCACAAAUCCCUUGAUUAAUUAUUUGCUGGUGUUCACAUAUCUAUCUAGUUACUACAGGUAGUAGUGCUAGAUGGUGUGGGUUUAUUGCUAGAUCUGGCUUAAUUAUUUAUUAAUUUAUCCUGCUCUAGUUGGGAGAAUGUGUGUGUGUGUGUGAGUGAGGCUGAGGAUGGAGAGGAGAGUGAGGAUUUGUCAGGGUCAGAAAAGCUGGAUCCCCUCUCCCCACCGGAGCGGACAGCGUCUUCGCUUCGGAUGUAAUAGUACUGAAGUGAGUAAUCUUGCCAGGCUCACUUGGUGCUCACUCCGCAUUGAUAAUUUUAGACAAUGUUACCCUUA